CCGGGGCUGGAAAGGGCCGUGGAGGACGGGCGGCGGAGGGACCGGCUGCUGACCCGGCCAUGCUUCGCGGCCCGCGGAGUCCGCUCUGGCUCCUGCUCCUGCUGCUGCUGCUGCCGCCCCCGGGCACGUGGGGAGACGGCGGCCGCGCGAGGCCGAGGGAGGGAGCCGAGGAGGCGGGUGAGGCCGGGUCCUGCCCGGCCUUCCAGGGCCUGCGGGAGCGGCUGAGGGCGGCUGGCGCCCUCUGCAGACGCUACUGGGCUCUCUUCAGCUGCCGCUUGUGGCCCGAGGGAUGCAGGCAGGAUGAGGAGGAGCCGGCGCGGCCCCUGGGCUGGAGCCUUCCCCUGUUGGGCCAGCAGUACCUGGAUAUCCUGACCACCUGGUACUGCAGCUUCCGGGACUGUUGUGACAGUGGGGACUGCAGGAUCAUCAAUAACUUCACAGGCCUAGAGGCGGAUCUGCGCGUGCGCCUGCACGGCCAGCACCUGGCCCGGGAGCUGGUCCUGACAGCAGCCAGGGGCUACUUGGAGCUGCCCCAGCCAGACAAGGCCCUGGCUCUGUCGUUCCACGGCUGGUCUGGCACAGGCAAGAACUUCGUGGCGCGGAUGCUGGCAGAGAACCUGUACCGGGACGGGCUGAGGAGCGACUGUGUCAAGGUGUUCAUCGCCACGUUGCACUUUCCUCACCACAAGUAUGUGGACCUGUACCAGGAGCAGCUGGCAGGCCAGAUCAGGAAGACGCAGGAGCACUGCCACCAGACCCUGUUCAUUUUAGAUGAGGCUGAGAAGCUGCACCCAGGACUGCUAGAGGCCCUCAGGCCACACCUGGAACGCCAGGCCCCCGAGAACCCGAGGGCCAAGUCCCCGAGAACCAUCUUUCUUUUUCUCAGUAACCUUGCGGGCAAUAUCAUCAAUGAGGUAGUCCUGAACCUGCUUAAGGCUGGGUGGUCCCGGGAAGAAAUUGGGAUGGAGCACUUGGAGCCCCAACUCCAGGCUGGGAUUGUGGAAGCCACAGACAGUGGCUUUGGGCACAGCUGUCUUGUGAAGGAAAACCUGAUUGACUUCUUCAUCCCCUUCCUGCCACUGGAGUACCGUCACGUGAGGCUGUGUGCACGUGAUGCUUUCCUGAGCCAGGAGCUCCUGUAUACGGAAGAGGCACUAGAUGAAAUCGCCAAGAUGAUGGUGUACGUCCCCAAGGAGGAACAACUCUUCUCUUCCCAGGGAUGCAAAUCUGUUUCCCAGAGAAUUAACUAUUUCAUGCCUUGAGAGCUAGAUGACAACUUCCCAAAGCUGCCUUCCUUCCACUAAUAGGAUCCUGGGGCCUGUCAGCACACUGUCCAGGACGUAACGGGUUGGAGGGGCAGGCUAGCAUCCAGCAGCCACAAGCACAAGUGGUGUGUAAAAGGGAGGCCUUAAAUCAGAGACAGAGCCAAUUCUUAAAAUCACUUGGUGCCUUACAGAGCCACAUUCCAAAAUGUGGGCCAGCUGGUUGGAGAAAGUCAUGUGGGAGAUAAAUCCCAAGGAUUUAUUAGCAUAUCAGCUCCUGCCUGCAGAUGCCUGGACUUGGGGGUUGGGCCUGAGGCUGCAGUAUCCUCAGUGACAGAGAAGGGAAAAAUUAACUUCUGCUUACCAGUGGCAGGAACUGGGUGGGUUAGCUUUCAAGUUGUUAUUCCCAGAGGGAAGCUGAUCAGCUUCUAUCUGUGAGAUCAGGAAAGAGCCUCAGGCUGAAGGAAAAAGUGCACAGAGGAAGAUUUUUUUUUUUUUUAAAUCAGGUCAGUGUAGGCUAAGCCUUGUUCUGCUCUGCAGAUUUAAAUCAAUUAAAAUUAUUUUUUUUAAGUUAGGGACCUUGACAUGAUUUUAUCAUAUGUAAAGAUUAAAAUUUUGUAUUUUUCUAAAA